AUGGCUAGCCUGCCCUUAACCGGCUGCUUUUUGAGUAAUGCGGAGAAUUUUCUGAGCCUUGCCUACAGCCUUGGAGUCUUCCUCACCCUCCUCCUCCCCAUCUACACAAAUACUCACCCCAGAAAAGGGGAGUUUAAUGAAUGUUAUCUCGAGCAGCGAUCCCAGGAACUGACAAAUGUGUCCUGGCUCCGAGAGCACGCGCUGAGCGGCGACCGCCCCCGCAGAGGAGUGUGCUCGCCCACGGCCACUUUAGCCAAACAACUGGAACCUCGUGGCUCGGAAGUGGCAGCAGGAGUUGCAGCAAGCCGCCUCCCCGGAAUCUCAGAGCCCCUAAAGGUGUCUGUCCCAGGCGCCAGCCGGCUCGCUCCUUCGCCCGCUCGCCCGCUCCGGUCCACGCCGAGGCGUCCGCAACGCAGAGGGAGGCGGCCGGCCCCGCCCGGAAGGGGCGGCCCGCGGGGGACGCGUGGGGCGAGGGGCGCGCGAGGGACACGCCGCGGCUCCCGCGCCCAGGUGGCAGGGGCGGGGCCCGCGUGGCGCCGCCAGGCUGGGUCGCCCGGGCCGGCCGUUACCGCACCGCGUGGGGCCGCCACUCACCGGCUCGCACCUCGGCCGCCUCCCGCCGCCGCUCCUCUCUUCAGCCGCGGGCGCCGCGCAGCCCCAUCUACCGACUCAGGGGCUCGCGGUCGGGCGGGGCGCUCCGGCCGUCCCCGCCAGCCUCGCCUUCCGCCCGUCUCCGGGCGCCGCCGCUGCCCGCCGGCCCGCGCGGCCAGCCUCUCUCAGCCGCUCCGCUCCCGCCGCCGCCGCCGGGGCGCGCUCCUCCCGGCCUCGCGCGUGCGCCGGACGCGGUAG